GAGAGAUAAAAGGCUACAGGGGAGAGAGAGAGAGAGAGAGAGAGAGAGAGGUGGAGGGGUUCAGCUGCAGGGUUCUGGAGUCCUGGCCAUGGGGGCCCGGAGCCACCUGAGCAUCACGCAGCAGGCAUCAGAGAGCCCGUCAUGUCUUUAAACUACAUCAAGAACUUCUACGAAGGAUGUCUCAGGCCUCCUACAGUGAUAGGCCAGUUCCACACGCUGUUCUUCGGCUCGGUCCGGAUGUUCUUCCUGGGUGUUCUCGGCUUCGCGGUCUACGGCAACGAAGCUCUGCACUUCAGCUGCGACCCGGAUCGACGAGAGCUCAACCUGUUCUGCUACAACCAGUUCAGACCCAUAACGCCUCAGGUCUUUUGGGCGUUACAACUGGUAACUGUACUGGUUCCUGGGGCUUGGUUCCACCUGUACGCCGCCUGUAAGAAUAUAGACCAAGAGGAAAUUCUUGAACGACCCGUCUACACCGUCUUCUACAUCAUCUCCGUUCUUCUACGCAUCAUUCUAGAAAUCAUCGCCUUCUGGUUACAAAGUCACAUCUUUGGUUUUCAGGUCCACCCAGUGUACGUGUGUGAUGCCAGCUCCUUGGAGAAGGCCUUCAAUGUGACCAAGUGCAUGGUACCGGAGCACUUUGAGAAAACCAUCUUCCUCAGCGCCAUGUACACCUUCACUGUCAUCACCAUCCUCCUCUGCGUUGCUGAGAUAUUUGAGAUCCUCAGCCGACGACUUGGUUAUCUCAACAAUCAAUGACAGACAGCUUCGUGCUCAAGUACAGCAAGAGAAAAUGUCUGACAUAUUUUCAGACUCUUCAUGUCGGGCUCUUUGUCACCAGGAGCUCCGUGGAGCAGAAAGUCGGUGUUGGAGCCAGACCUCACCUGUAGUCCAUCAGUGAGCAGCACCGAGACAUCAAAGAAGGUGCAAUCACGUCAGAGCUGGCCAGAACUAACUGUUCUUUUGGAGUUUGUUGCCUUUAAGUAUAGAGUGACCAUCCAUUGUUGUGCUUUAGAAGUGAGAUGGUUCUGUACUGGCUGGGUCAAAUGGAGUCAUAUGAUUGGACUGGAUGGCCAGAGAGUGUCAGGUUCCUAGACCUACCAAGGUCCCUUACAAUUAUUAGGAUCAGUGGAGAUAGUAAACCCAUUUCGGUACAAACUUGAGGAUUUAUAAUAUUGCAACGUCCCCUGAAAACUAUUGGAAAUGAGCCUCACAUCUAGUAAUUUAGAAUAAAAGCUUAAAAGACAUAGAUACAAUGUACAACUUUCCAUUUGUUUCCAUUUCAAUUUCAGUUUUGUCAUUCCUACGUAAAAAAAAAUUGGCAUUCUAAUCCAAGCUGUCAUGUAUGCCAGUUAUUUCUUUAUCGAGCUAAAAUAAAAAGUUAGUUGUCCUGAAACGAGCUUCUCCCACCAAUCCAGUGCACCAGAAAGGCCGACUGCCUGAGUUUGCCUCCCAGAAACGGAAAGAAAUCAGUAUGUCUUGAUGACGACAUCUUCACUAAGAAUCUCCUCAAAAAUAUUAGCUAGGUUUAUCCUGAGUGUAACAAAUUAAGAAAAAUGGAGCAUUAGAAAACCUGGUAGUGUUGAUAUUUAAAAUAAAAAAUAUAAUUUUUAAUGAGAUAUUUAUAAAAAGAAUUAAUGCUAUUUGAAAAUGUUUUAUUUAUUCCCUGCAUAUCACAACAUUGCUACAGUAAGCAGUUAUUAAUAGAUUUAGUGGGUGUGGAAAAAAAAUCUGAUUGAAAAUAUGAUGAAUUUGAUUUAAGUCCUUAAUGCUCUGAUGAGCCUCGAUGCUUGCUUAGAGCAGAUGCCCUAAAGCUUUUGUCCAUGUCUGAUUCUGGACAAAAGGAAUGAGGUGUCCUCCAUAUUCAAAUAGCAAUUAUUCUAAUUCGUUUAACUUAUUUCAUGCAUUUUUUUCCUUUACACUUAGCUUCUGUCCUUGGAAAAAUUAUUACCUCUCCUGUUCUGUUUUGUUCUUUUUUUACUCAGACAUCCAUCCAACUUUUGUUGUGAAGUUUUCCGCUAUCUGUUUAUCAUCUCAGGUACAAGAUCGUAUAACAAAGGUGGAUCAUGCCCGCUUUUCAGAACCUUUUUAAACCUUUAAAGUCAGCGUCACACAUUGAAAUCUCAUCAGUUGAUCUCAAGCUACUAUUUAAAAGAUCUAAGCCUAACAAAACUACCAAAUACUAUUCUUACUGUGUUUGAUGGCCAGCAUGCUAACCGCUAACAGAAUAGAUAACCAUGCUAACCCAUUGACGCUGCUACAAACUAGCAUGCUAAAAGCUUCAAUGGAAUAGUGUCCAUGCAUCAAUUGCUUUUCGCACCUCUGAGAUUGGGACGCAGGUGUAACAGGUCCAGGAGGGGAAUUUAGACAUCCUUCUCCCAAAUGGCGAAUCCCAAAUGAUCUCGUGUCAGAACGAAUAUAAAGUUUGCUGAGAAUGUCCCAUCCUGAGAUCUCCUGGCCAUAGAGCAAGCCUGGAAACCUGCAGGGGAAGCUACCCAGGAGACAUCUAAAUCUUAAACCUUUUAUUCCGAUCAGCCCUUUAUUCCGAUUACUUUUGCCCAUGUAAAUGUAGCUACUGAGAGGCUGAGGAGAGAAUAGUGCGUUUUCCUUUCACCCUCCCAACAUUUUUCAGGAAACUUUGGAGUGGGAGAGAGCCCAGCCUUUCAACAGAUUAGCAUUUUAACUGUGGUUGGUUGCUAGCAUGCUAAUCAGCUACGUUCACAACAGAUUAACCAUGCUAACCAGUAGCAACCACAACGGAUUAGCAUACUAAUCGGGAAAACCUUUAGGAAAGUUGUAGGAACUACUACCAGUUAGCAUACUAAAUGUGCAUAGUUUAUCAGGGAGAGCCACUAUGGAUAAGCGUGUUAAUCUGGUAGCAACUACUACUGCUCAGCAGGCUAACAUCGUCAGCAGGCUAACAUCGUCAGCAGGCUAAUAUCGUCAGCAGGCUAACAUCGUCAGCAGGCUAAUGAGUUAAUAUUGCUGACUUAUAAUAAAAGCAGAAACCUGUGGCAAAGGUCCAUCAAUGAGGCUGGAUUAACUGCUAAAAUAGGCUCCAUAUCACUAAAAUGUUAUUUCCGUAGACAGUCCUAAACAAAACAGCUGUAAGGUGUCAACACAGAAACUCAACGGGUUUUGAGGCACAUUUAAAACUACUACCAGAUUCAGGGCGUUUUCUUUUUCUUAAAUAGUACAAGUUAAAGGUUUGAAAACAUCUACUAAAUUUAUUCAAAACGCAUGUGAUAGUGUGUACAAUUAUAUUUUUACUGCUGCAUGUCUUCUACUGUUUCAAUUCCUAUUUAUACCUUUGUUUGUAACCCGCUACCUGUAAAAGAGUGAUAAAUUCUUGUUACAUCUUGUUCUCACAUUCAUGUAUUUGUAUUGCGAUCACUGCAUCCUUCAAAACUGUUUUCACCCUUUUAGCUACAUCAGAAAGUUACACUUCAUGUGCAAACUGUUUGUCUGAUUGCUGACCUACAUUGCAUAUGACCAGCAAUUUUCAUAUCUUUUUUUGUCUUGAGAUGAUUAAAGCAAAAAUGUU